UCGUUUUGUUUUCUCUUAAUAAAACAAUCAUAAAUGCAGACUGACUUCUCGCACAUUAACGCAGACUUCCAGAGGCCGGAUUCAGCACGACCGUAACUACCAACAUGAACACGGAGAAGGACUUUUCGCCCUUGACGCCAAACAUUGUCCGGGCUUUGAAUGAUAAACUGUACGAGAAGAGGAAAGUCGCGGCUCUAGAAAUAGAGAAGCUGGUGCGUGAGUUUGUAGCUCAGAACAACUCCACUCAAAUUAGGCAUGUGAUUCAGAUCCUGGCCUCGGAGUUUGCGCUCUCCCAGCACCCCCACAGCCGCAAAGGAGGUCUCAUUGGGCUGGCAGCUUGCUCUAUCGCCCUCGGCAAAGACUCAGGUCUGUAUUUGAAGGAGUUAAUUGAGCCUGUGCUCACGUGUUUUAAUGACUCAGACAGCCGGUUGCGCUACUAUGCCUGCGAGGCCCUCUAUAAUAUAGUCAAGGUGGCCAGAGGAGCCGUGCUGCCCCACUUCAAUCUACUCUUUGAUGGGCUCAGCAAACUUGCAGCAGACCCAGACCCUAAUGUGAAAAGUGGAUCUGAACUGCUGGACAGACUGUUAAAAGACAUAGUGACAGAAAGCAACAAGUUCGACCUAGUGGCUUUUGUCCCCUUGCUGAGAGAGCGCAUCUACUCCAAUAAUCAGUAUGCCCGACAGUUCAUCAUCUCCUGGAUCCAUGUUCUGGAGUCGGUGCCGGACAUCAACCUGUUAGACUACCUCCCCGAAAUCCUGGAUGGGCUCUUCCAGAUACUGGGAGACAACAGCAAGGAAAUCCGCAGGACAUGUGAAGUGGUGCUGGGAGAGUUCCUGAAGGAGAUUAAAAAGACACCGUCCAGCGUGAAAUUUGCUGAGAUGGCCAACAUCCUGGUCAUCCACUGCCAGGUUGCUGAUGAGACCAAACUCACAAAUGACCUAAUCCAGUUGACGGCUAUGACCUGGAUGAGAGAGUUUAUCCAGCUUGCAGGUAGAGCGGUGCUCCCCUACUCCUCUGGUAUCCUGACUGCAGUACUGCCUUGCCUCUCCUACGACGACAGAAAGAAAAAUACCAAAGAAGCAGCGAGUGCCUGUAAUCACAGUCUGAUGAAGCUUGUGACUCCUGAGGAUGACGAGGAGGAGGAGGAUGAGAAAAGUGGAAGCACAGUGUCGCCGUCCAGGGAAGACGGCCAGCCCAAGACAGAGGCAGACAGCAACGAUAUGCUGAACGCAUCCCAAGAAUCUGUUGGUUUCAGUAAUAUCAGCUUCUUCACUCCGGCGAGUGCUGACAGGCCUCAGGUAACUCUGGACUUAGAUGGUAUUGUCCAGGUUUUAGACCGCCACCUCCAUGAUUCCUCCACCGGCAUGAUGACCCGCAUAGCUGUGCUCAAAUGGCUAUAUCACCUUUACAUCAAAACCCCACGAAAGAUGUUCCGCCACACAGACAGCCUGUUUCCCAUGCUGCUGAAAACACUGUCCGAUGAGUCUGAUGAGGUGAUCCUGAAAGAUCUGGAGGUUUUAGCUGAGAUAGCGUCGUCUCCUGCAGGCCAAACAGACCAAGUUGGCUCCUGCGACGGCACUGACAACAGACUGGAGCUCAAAGUGCCAGACAGUGCCAAGUUAGGACAGCAGCCCAGCACAGGUUCUAAAGCAGUGGAUUCAUCCCCCUCCACUCCCAGUAUGAACUCCUAUUUUUACAAGUUCAUGAUCAAUCUGCUGAAGCGCUUCAGUCUGGAGAGAAAGCUGCUGGAGAACAGAGGAGCUUUCAUUAUCAGGCAGCUGUGUCUGUUGCUUCAUGCAGAGAACAUCUUCCACUCCAUGGCUGACAUCUUGCUAAAGGAGGAGGACCUCAAAUUUGCAUCCACCAUGGUUCAGACGCUCAACACCAUCCUGCUCACCUCUGCUGAGCUCUUCCAGUUGCGUAACCAGUUGAAAGACCUGCGCAGUCAGGAGAGCUGUGCUCUGUUCUGCUGCCUGUAUCGUUCCUGGUGCCACAACCCCGUGGCCACUGUGUCACUCUGUUUCCUCACACAGAACUACAAACACGCCUAUGAUCUCAUCCAGAAGUUUGGAGAUCUGGAGGUGACAGUAGACUUCCUGAUGGAGGUCGACAAGCUGGUACAGCUCAUAGAAAGCCCCAUCUUCACCUACCUACGCUUGCAGCUUCUCGAUGUGGAGAACAACCCUUACCUGAUAAAGGCACUGUAUGGCCUGCUGAUGCUUCUGCCGCAGAGUCAGGCUUUCCAGCUGCUCUCCCACCGCUUGCGAUGUGUCCCCAACCCGGAGCUCAUGAGGACUGUGGACGAGUCCAAAUACAUGGACUCAAAACAGCAAGCAGUCUCCAAACGUGCCUCUCACACUCACAUGGAUUACAACGAGCUGCUGCAGCAUUUCGACCGCGUUCAGAGCAAACACCUGGAGGUCCGACACCAGCGCUCGGGACGUGCCUCGGAUCAUCCUGACAGGAAGCUGAUGUGAAAUCAUUGAGCCAUUAUGACCCCAGAAAGAAGAGGGUAAAAAAAAAAUGUUAUGGACAAAAAUUAUAUGUAAAGUUUUACUGGAAAAGAUUAUUCAGAUGCUAUUGAAGCCAAAAAGUAUUAUAAUGUUAGUAUGAUAUAAUUGUCCUAUCAGAGAGGCACUGGGUAUACAUUGUCAAGAAACAGACAUUUGUACAUUUCUUUGCUAAUAAUGAUGAAAAUACCGUGUAAUGUAAGAAAUCAAGCAUUUUAAAAAGAAAAAAAAUUUAAUACACUUCGGCUAUGUCAACACUAAUUAAUCGUAACAACUUUCCGUGAAGAUUUUGAUAAUGUACAUAAAAUCUCACACAUGUAUCAUAACUAACAGUGAUGACAGUUUCACCAUCUAUUUCCUGAGUUUCCAUCAUGUCCUGUCAGUGGCUGCACAUUUUUCCAGCUAAAUGAAAUAUUCACAGUGUUUUAAGUGAAAUGGUCAUGCAUUUCAAUGUUAAACAGCGCACUUGUGUUAUUUAAUGUCCGUGUGAGCCACAGUAUUUUCAUGGUGUAUCUUGUGAAGUGUGAACAGAGCAUGCGUUCAGGAUUGCCUUAAUCUCAUGUCAGCCAGAAAAAAAAAAUCUCACGUGAAGAGUAUUGAGCUCAGCUGAGGUUUAAAACUUUGGAAGCUAUGGGUGAACUCUGGCAUACAUUUUUUGGGGGGGGGGGGGGUUAUGCCCAUGUUGCUACACCUAUUGCCAUUUUUUAUUACCAUACACACCCAGCUUUUAAUUCAGUUUCUUUUAUUGUGUAUUCUUCAGCUUAUGUGUAUUUCUCUUUGUUUGUACUGUCUGUCUGUCUAGCAUUCUUGAGAAGAACUGCUCUUUUGUCAUU